UUUUGCCGGAAAAUUUCAAAUGGUUGAUCAAAAUAAAUUCUACCUUUUAAUGGUUUUAUGUCAACCACACGGGUAGGUAUAAUGGCAGUUAGCCAGAAAUAUUUAAAAAAUAUAAUAAUUAACAUUUAAGAAGUAAGGUAGUUCUGAACAGGACCAAAAUCCGUGAGACUAGUGAGGGGAAUAAAACUUCAAAAGUUCCGUAAAAUUAAAGCGAAAGUUGGAACAUCGAACAAGUGUCAAAAGAUACAAAGUUGGAACGGAAAAACAUAAGUUCAGAAGUAUGAGUCUCUCAGUGAAUAUUUCAAAGGAAAGAUUCACUUCACAGAACUACAAAACCACCCCCAAGACAAACGGCAACCUCUGCAAACCAGUCAUCAUUGAUAUCCGAAAAACAUUCUUUGGUUGGUUUUCACAUGAAAGACAGUCGGCCUCCAGAGACAUCGAGCUGCUAGUGGAAACUUUUCAGCAAUUAGGGUUUCCAGACUACCAUUUAGUUAGUGACCAGAAUUCCCAUUUAGAAACUGACCCCCUGUACUCCAUUGAAAAUUUAAAGAAGAAAUUGCAAAGCAUCGCCAGUGAUGAAGGUACUACUACAGACUCAGAACUCUUUCUGUGUGUAGUAUUGGCAUUUGGGGAUUCUGGGUAUUUUUAUUUACCCAAUGAUCCAAUAAGUAAGGGUAAAUCUAGAGACAAGAAACCUCCAAGAUUUUAUACGAGUGAUCUGUUGUCCCACUUUAAAGGAGAUUUAUGUCCAAGUUUGAUUCUAAAGCCAAAGAUUUUCCUUAUUCAGACGUGUGACCUCAAUCUGGAACAAAUAAACAAUGCUAACUUUGUGAGGAGUCCUUCAGAACCGACCCCCCAGCUCCACAGAACCCCAAUAGAGGCUGACCUUCUGAUGUAUCACUCUCUUGUGUCAGGCGGUUAUACAGAUAAAAUGAAGAAAGAGAGAAAGGAAUCCCUUAAAAAUAUUAUCGACCAUGUUGGAGACAAGAAUGGUAACUCCGCAUGUCAGUUCGUGUACACUCUUUAUAAGGAGGUCAAGGCUCUCAUUGAUAGAGCAGAAGAGUUCGAAUGGACCGACCUAAUACUUCGUGUAAAUAACUCACUGAUGGAGUUCAUUGAAAAAAAGCAUUACGAAUCAGACGAUAGGAAGAAACCGUGGAAUAUAGAACCUCGGAUUCCUGUGUGUGUCGACCAACUCACAAAGAAACUAGUGUUAAAAACUAGAUAGGACCAAAUAAUUCUUUAAAGUGUCAAAUGUUUGAACCAGCAGAGAAAGAAACUAGAGCGGAAAGCUAAUUUUAAAAAUACUAUACACAUGUGCAUAUGAUCGAGAUGUCAUUCCAGGAUUUCUGUUUCUUUAUUACUAUUAUUUGGAUUUUUGUACUGGUUUUGUGAGCGUGACAUCUGGAAUACGUGUAGCUCUAUAUUUUUCACAUUAACUUUAUGCGGUUUGUGUGACGUCAAUUCCGGUUGCGAUAUUUGAACGAUUUUGGUCUGCUUGUUCAUUGGUUUUCUCGAAAACAAUUCAAGGUAGAUACCUGGAAAUCUCAGCAAUAAUAGAAGAAUGCCUUUAGAUGUGUUAUAUGCAUUUCAUUGAUAUUAACGGUGCUCACUAUUUUUUGGAUUAAGGAUUGAGCUCAUUUACAAGUUAUAUGUAAUAUGUCAAAAAAACUAUUUUUCCAAUAAAUAUCCAACAUUUUCAUAA